ACAGUCACCUGACAAAAACACAUUCAUGUAGCAUUCUGUUUGGUAUGUGGUAGCUAUACGUCUACAGGGUGCAAACAUACAUGUUUAAUAUAUCAACAGCGUCUAAAGAAUAAGUUGUUUUGACCGCAAAAGAAGAUGUAGAAAAUGAUCCCUGGCUGGAGAUGAGUUGUGGCUAACGCAGCUAGCUAGCUAAAUCAAUGGACUGUGACUGUUUGGAGAACACAGGGUUAAAAAUGCCUCAGUCUGCGGGAAUCAUCAGUGGGAUCCAGAGGAUGGUUCUGUAUGAAACCAGAGCCAGGUACUUUUUGGUGGGGACCAAUCAGGCGCAGACCAAACACAGAGUGCUGAAGAUUGACCGCACAGAACCCAAAGACCUCGUCAUAAUUGACGAUAAGAUAUUAUACCGACCUCAGGAAACCCCGCUUGUUUUUCCAUUUGAUGGGCAUUGUAGCCUACGUUAUAAACACAGUGUGGAUGCUUGAGAGUGUGAUGAAGAAACAUAGCAUGUGUACAGCCAGCAAGAGGUUCGUGAGUUGCUGGGCCGUCUGGACCUAGGCAACCGCACCAAGAUUGGCCAAAAGGGCUCCUCGGGCCUGUCCAGGGCUGUCUCAGCCUUUGGCAUUGUGGGGUUUGUACGUUUCCUCGAGGGGUACUACAUCGUGUUGAUCACCAAGCGUAGAAAGAUGGCUGACAUCGGUGGCCACUCCAUCUACAAAAUUGAGGACACCAGCAUGAUCUACAUCCCCAAUGACUCGGUCAGGGUCACGCACCCUGAUGAAGCAAGAUAUGUGCGCAUCUUUCAGAACGUGGACCUUUCCAGCAACUUCUAUUUCAGUUACAGCUACGACCUGAGCCAUUCGCUGCAGUACAACCUGACUCUGCUGCAGAGGCCUUACGAGCUGUGGUCGUCGCCAGAGACCUCAGCCGAGGAAGAGGUGCAAACGCAGAGCAAGCAGGACAGCUUCGACAUCUUUGAAGACGAAGGUUUGCCUACGCAAGUGGUUUAUGGCAUCCAGAACGAGCCGUACUACAAGUACGUGUGGAACGGGAAGCUGCUGGAACGAGUCAAGGACAUAGUGCAUCACGACUGGCUCAUGUAUAUAAUCCACGGCUUCUGUGGCCAGUCCAAACUUCUGAUCUACGGCCGGCCGGUUCACAUCACCCUCAUUGCCAGGCGCUCAAGCAAAUUCGCCGGGACCCGCUUCCUCAAAAGAGGAGCCAACUGCGAGGGGGACGUGGCUAAUGAGGUUGAGACUGAGCAGAUCGUCCAUGACGCCUCAGUUAUGUCUUUCACAGCAGGAAGUUACUCCUCAUACGUCCAGGUGCGAGGUUCUGUCCCACUCUACUGGUCCCAGGACAUUUCUACCAUGAUGCCGAAACCUCCAAUACGAUUGGACCAAGCUGACCCAUACGCCCACGUCGCUGGCCUCCACUUUGACCAGAUGCUGCAACGGUUUGGCUCUCCUAUUAUCAUCCUCAACCUUGUCAAGAAACGGGAGAAAAGGAAACAUGAGAAGAUUCUGAGCGAAGAGCUCUACCCAGCUGUGACCAACCUGAAUCAGUUCCUCCCUCCAGAAAACAGCAUUGACUACAUCGCCUGGGACAUGGCUCGCUACACCAAGAGUAAGUUGUGCAACGUCCUGGACCGUUUGAGUAUGAUAGCAGAGAAUGUGGUUAAGCGAACAGGCUUUUUCAUUAAUCGCUCUGACUUCUACUGCCAUACCAUCAGACCGGAUGACAGAUGGGGAGAUGUAGGUGGACACAUCACAGCCAGUGGACGGGUGCAGACGGGUGUGUUGCGGACCAACUGCGUGGACUGUCUAGAUCGGACCAACACUGCUCAGUUCAUGGUUGGGAAGUGUGCGCUGGCCUAUCAACUUUAUGCACUGGGAAUGAUUGACAAGCCCAAACUCCAGUUUGAUACUGACUGUGUGAGGUUGUUCGAGGAGCUGUACGAGGACCACGGAGACACUUUGUCACUGCAGUACGGAGGCUCCCAGCUGGUCCACAGGGUCAAGACCUAUCGCAAGAUCGCCCCCUGGACACAACACUCCAAAGACAUCAUGCAGACACUGUCGCGCUACUACAGCAAUGCUUUCUCAGAUGCUGACAGACAGGAUGCCAUAAACCUGUUUCUCCAAGUCUACCAGCCAUCAGAGUCCAAGCCGCACCUGUGGGAGCUGCCCACCGACUUCUACCUGCAUCAGAGAAACACCAUGGCCCUCCUCCAAGACAGACGCAGCUACACUCUGUGGUGGUCAGACGGAAUCUUGUCCUACCUUCCUGUUGCCUAUGAUGAAGUUCCCUGUGAAGAAACCAUGAAGAAGGUCAAAGUGAAGAGAGUGAACCGCUUCGAUGAGAGUAUUGACAUCUACACAGAAUUCUUCAAACCGUAUGAAAUUACCUCCUUUGAUGACACAUUCUGCAUUGCCAUGACCAACUCUGCAAGGGAAUUUAUGCCCAAGACAGUCGGAGUGGAUCCAAGCCCGUUCACAGUUCGCAAGCCAGAGGAAACUGGAAAAUCAGUGUUAGCUAACAAGAGCAGUAAGGAGGAGACACUGCUCCAGAGGAAGACGGCAGCCAGCGCGCCUCCUCCGCCAAGUGAGGAAGCCAUCAGCAGCACGUCAGAGGACGACUCGGAGGAGGACCGGGACGACGAAGGCUCCGUUUCCCAACGCUCUACGCCGAUCAAACUGCUGACAGAGUCUGGGGAGAGCAAUCGCACGGGGGAGGAGAUCCACCAACAGCAGUUGGUUAAGGAGCCAUACGGACUCAAUCUGGCCGAGUUUCCAUCCGAGGACGACCUGCUCAUUUACGAAAGGUUUGCACAUCUGGGCGAGAGCCAGCACAGGGUGGAAAGAACCGAAUGCAUAAACCUGGCGAACAUCAUCUGCUUAGAGCCGGUGUCCUGCUUCCCGGACGACAGCGUCUAUGCAGUUUCCCUUCCGCAGGUUGAUCGAGACAGCCGGGACGAGUUCGAGAGCCAUGUGUUGACGGGUCAGGGCCAGGUGAGGGUGCUGUGCAGGGACGACAUGUUGAUGUACAGGGAGUACGUCAAGAACAGAUACAUGUGAGACACGGACGGAUCCUGGAUCUCUGCGGUUAACAUGCAAAAUCCAAUUUGUUUCAACUGCUGUUGGGAGUAGACCAACUGGAUUUGGACUAACCUAUGUGGAUUGAUUUUUCUUUUUUUUUUUUUAAUCAAGGUUGUUUCCAUGUUUUAAUAGCUUCAACAGUUGUCAGAUUUCAGAAAGAGAAUAUGUAUGGCAGUGAACGGCAAGGGACAAAUGAUGGAUCCCGUUGAAUUGCGUUUGUUGAUUUAAAAGGUAGUUACAGUACAAGACCACAACACAAGUACAAGCACAUGAUUGAAAGACUACGCACCCAACAGUGGCCAUAUGACGUCGCCUCAACGAUAGAUCCGGUCUCGUACACUAGCUAGCUCACAAAACUGACUAACUCUCCUUUCACAUAACUUGAGCUGACUAUAUGGAGAGAUUUAUUGGUACUCUCACCUUUUUUUUUUUUUUCUUAAUUCUUAUUCUGUGCCGCGCAGACAGCCUUGUUGGUGACGUAUAUUGAUCGAAGCGAUGUAGUUCAUUGGGCAUGAACUAAACUAAAACUGCGACUUUCUGAAAAAAUUUUAAUUCAAAUUGACAAACAGCAUGUAAUUCAUGGGCCAAUUCAACUGGGAUCAAAACGUUAUUUGUCUCGCGUCACUGGUGAAAUAAAGUUCCACGGUGCACAUCGGAAGGGCGGGCACUCUUCAUCACUACGCCGACAUGCCUUAAAGAAGCUACCUAUGUUUGUUUUUUUUUUAAUUUGUUUCGUGUAUUUCCCACUGAGUUAACAUUUUAAUUGCAACUCUUUUAAGAAAGUGUAUUUAACCAUGUGCACAUUUCAAACCUGUGAAUUAAUCUAAGUUGUUUUGACUCUUAAAGGUGCCCUAUGUGCAUUUUAGUUAGCAUGCUAACCAAAGCUGACACGGUCCAAAGCUUCCUGUGCUAAGUGUGUAAACGCCAACACCCUCCUGGUUCAUCAAACUCUAAGUCUGGAAUGCUAGCUGCACGGCUGACUGAGCUAACUGGCUAAUGGCAGCUACAGCUAGCAGCAGUCAGCGGUUACUCUGGUGAUAUUUUAAGUAUGAAUCCGAACGGUGGUCAUUUCUUAAAUACCUACAUACUGCACCUUUUAUUUAAUAUUGAAACUUACACGUUGGAACCAUUAAUAUGAUGACAGGCCCAAAGAUUAUAAUUAUGACUUUGAGUUGAUUAUAAUGUUUUUAUUAUUCAUUCUGUUAAACAGGUUUCAGGUCAUUUGAGGCUAUAACAAUUGCCAAGACAGAGAUAUAUGUAUAUAUAUGUUUUUGUUUUUUUUUUACUUAAAUUCUCAAGAACGACUCUCAACAUGACGACUUGUAUCUACUGUAAAAGUUUAUCCAGGUUCACUCAUAUUGCACAUUGCAUUGUGCCAUUAGAUUAAACCAGUAUUUUUUGUUUGUCAGCAGACAUCACUGACACAUCGAUGCUAUGGGUUUAUCAAUCCCCUUUCUUAGUUUAACAUUCCACACACUGAUUUUGUUUUGUACACAUUUCCGAUGUCAGCUUUUACUGUGUACAGUGGUUCUAAAUUAAACAUUUAUUUAUUAACACGUUGUCCUCGCCGCACUCCACUCCAAAACAUGUGCUUCUGUUGUUCUCCGCAGUGUUUCGCAUUCAAAAGUGGAAUAUUUCACGCAGCCUCUGUCAUUUCUCUUCAUCUCUCCCACGCUCCUCCACUGUCUCUUCUUUCUUUCUUUCUAGAAUUCCCUUUCUCACCCCUCGUGCCUCCUAUUCCCCCUUUUGUUCUCUCGAUCACACUUUCUCUUUUCUUCCCUCAUCACACUCUUUUAGCGCUCAGCCUUCUACUCACGGGUGUCAGAAAAUGUGAAAUGUGAUGAAGUCCGCCCCACACGCACAUACACAUUCAGUAGGCAUGCUGAUUGACCACUGGUCUCUGCAUCAGUGCCUCGUGAGCCUGAGGACGAUGGGGAGGGUGCUCCAGCAUGUGAUGUGUUGGAGAACAACAGGGGAAUCAAAAGAAAAGAAAAAUACCUGCUCCGCCAUAUUUAGGACCAAAUUAAUAAAAGAUGGAGAUGACGGCAUGUGUUUUCACACCUAAAGUGAAGAGAGCCUCUCACUGUAUCCCCCAGCCCCCCUUUUCCUCCGCCUUUGAAGCCACUUAGCUGACUCAGAAGGCUUCAUCUACAUGUUCCACUAAUGGUUGGCUUGAUAAGGCCGCUGCUGUGGCUCUCUGCCCAGAUGCUGCCAGAGGUUUCUUUCCGGUGGUUCCUUGAAAUGUCAUGGUUGGUGUGAUUUUUACCUGCUUUUGUCAACUAAUACGUCAAGCUCAACCGCAGCGAUCUGUAGGUCUCAUACAAGGACGGCUUUCUUCCAAAGGGGUUUUCCAAGAAGCGGUUGACACAUCACAAUGGCUUCAAAACGAGUGUGAUGAAGAGCCGCAGGGUAGAUUGGUUUCAAGAAGACAAGUGGAGUGGAAGCGCUGCAGGGUCUUUAUGGUGAUCACAUACAGGUGCUUUGUGGGGACUUCAGGUGUACGCUGCUCAUUUCUCCCUUGCAAUGAGCUCUUUACAAGAUGGAAUAAGCAUAGCUCAGUUUCAGGUUGUUUUUUUUUAAGUUAUUAUGGUUGCUGUUAACACAAAUUAUACAAAUGAUGUGGGGGUUUUUUGUGUCAAUGUACUUGUUUACAGCCUUUUACCAAGGCUUAUCUAUGGUAAUAAUUAAACUCUUCAUCAUCAAUGGCU